GGAGGGGAACUGAGCAAAAAUGGCAGAUGGUGCUGUAAACUUCGUCCUUGAUAAACUAACCACUCUCCUACUGCAAAAGGCAUCAUUGCUAGGAGAUGCUUACGGCGAGUUUGAAGAAAUCAAGCUUGAGCUAGAAAGUAUGAGAUCCUUCUUAAAAGAUGCAGAGCGAAGGAAGGAAAGGAGUGAAUCGGUGCAAGCUUGGGUGAGGCAAGUUAGAGAAGUUGCAAAUCAAGUUGAAGAUACUGUGGAUGAGUUCAUGCAUUACAAAGACACGCAGCGGGACAAAAAGGGACUGAAGGAAUUUGUCAUCAGCCUCCCCAAGAACAUUGCUGCAAGACAAAAAAUAUCUUCAAAGCUACAAAAGAUCAAAGCAACUGUUCAUGAGGUUUCAGAGAGAAGCAAGCGAUAUGCAUUUGAUGGUAAUAUUGACGAGGGAAGAAGCAACAAUGCAUCAAUUGACUGGUGGUGGCAGCAUCAGGGAGAAUUGUCAAACUUUAUUGAGGAAGAUGAGAUUGUGGGGAUGGAAGAAAACAGAAGAAAUCUGCUAAAAUGGUUAACUGAAGAUGAUCCCCGGCGGACCAUUAUAUCAAUUGUAGGAAUGGGAGGUUUAGGAAAGACUACACUAGUCACAAAAGUUUACAGUGACCACACAAUAAAGAAACACUUUGAUUGUUCGGCGUGGAUAUCUGUGCCCCAAUCAUAUGGGGUUGAAGAGUUGCGAGAAAGCAUGAUUGGAGUUGAAGAGCUGCUAAGAAGCAUGAUCAAAGAAUUUUUCAAGGCAGAACAAGUGAUGGUUCCAAACAACUUGAGGUCAAUGAACUAUAGGCAGCUAGGAGAGAUGGUCAUUGACUACUUGCACCAGAAAAGGUAUGUGAUUGUUUUAGAUGAUGUAUGGAGUAUUGAUCUUUGGAGUAGAAUAAGAGGUGUAUUUCCUGAUAACAAUUGUAGUAGCAGAAUUAUUUUCACAACAAGAAAUGUGAAUGUAGCAAUCUCUGUAGGACCUGGAGGUCAUGUCCAUCGCCUUGAACCUCUCCGAGAGACUGAUGCCUGGACCCUCUUUUGUAAGAAAACAUUUUGGAAUGACCCAGGCCACAGUUGUCCCAAAGCGCUGGAAAAAUCAGCUCGGCUCUUUGUGGAGAAGUGUGAAGGAUUGCCUCUAGCAAUCGUGGCUAUUGGGGGCCUCAUGUGUUCAAGAAACAAGACGGUUGUGGAAUGGAAGAAAGUGUAUGAUAGCCUCAACUGGCAACUGAGCAACAAUCCCAUGCUUGAACGAGUGAAGGGCAUCUUCAUGUUGAGUUUCAAUGAUUUGCCAUUCUACCUAAAGCACUGUUUCUUGUAUUGCUGUGUUUUUCGUGAUGGUUACCCAAUUAAGAGGAAGAAAUUGGUUCGCCUUUGGGUUGCCGAGGGGUUCAUCAUAGAAAGAAAAGGAAUGGCAAUGGAGGAGGUAGCAGAGGACUAUCUUACAGAACUUAUUUUCAGAAGCAUGAUUCAAGUUACGGAGACCAACGACGCUGGGAGGGUGAAGACAUGUACAGUGCAUGAUGUUAUGGGUAAACUGGCGGUGACAAUAUCUGAGAAAGAGAAAUUCUGUGUAUCAUAUGAUGGUCCUGAAGCAACGCUAGAAGGAAAGAUCCAGCGGCUAUCACUCUACAACAGAGGGGUAAACAUCCGAUUAGGCAGGACUCUGUCACAUGAUCUUCGCUCAUUUUUUGUCUUUCAGACUGAUGUCUGCUGCUCAUUCUCCUUGAGUGCAGUUUCAUCAAACUUCAAGUUUUUAAGGGUCCUUGAUCUACAGGAAGUUCUUACUGAAACCAUACCAGGUGCAUUGGUCAACCUAUUUAAUCUAAGGUAUUUAAACUUAAGGGAGACCAAGGUUAAGGAGCUUCCCAAGUCAAUUGAAAGGCUGAAGAACCUACAAACAUUAGAUGUCAGGAACAGCAAUGUGAAGAGGCUACCCACCGGCAUAUCAAAGCUACCAAAACUGCGGCAUCUGCUUUUGUGCCCCGACAAUUUUCGUAAUUCAGAGUCUUCCUAUUUUCUUUGUGGCAUGCAAGUACCAGCAGGAAUUUGGAAUAUAAAAAGCUUACAAACUCUAUCAUGUGUUGAAGCAGAGGAAGAGCUUAUCCAGAAAGUUGGCAACUUGACAGACCUCAAGAGGUUAGAUGUUACAAAGUUGAGAACAGUUGAUGGACCGAUGCUGUGCAAUUCAAUUCAAAGGAUGACAAGCCUCCUCCGUUUAGGUGUGAUGGCACGUACUGAUGAAGAACUUCAGUUAGAAGCCUUGUUGGUACCCCCAUCAUUUCUUCAAAAACUGACAUUGGUUGGAAAAUUGAGUAGGUUGCCUCACUGGCUUGGUUCUCUAGCAAACCUCACUCACUUGUACUUGGGCUCCUCUCGUUUAGAAGAAGACAUACUUCUUUCUAUCCAUGCACUGCCUCUUGCCUUCCUUGGACUUAAGCAGGCAUAUGAGGGUAGGCUCUUGCAUUUUAAGGCAGGAUGGUUUCCUAAACUCAACAAAUUGAAUCUGAUAGAGUUGAUAAGAUUGGAUACUGUGAUAAUAGAGGAGGGUGCAUUGCCAAGGAUCAGGGAGAUGUAUAUAAUUCGUUGUCAACAACUAAAGUUGUUACCGCAAGGCAUUGAGCACCUUACUAGCCUCCAAAAGUGGCAUUUGGAGUAAAUGCCAGAAGAAUGUGUAUGAAGGCUGUGAAAUCUUGCAAGCAAGGAUCAAGCAAAAGGAUCGUAGCUUCCUUGGCCCUCUUCCCGCCACUGUGACACUGUCACGUUUUUGUAGUUAAUUAGCUGGUUAAUGGGCUGGUCUGAGCUCUGGUUUUGUGGAUCUUCUUGUUUUCCUUUCUGCAGGCCCAUAGGUAUUCCCUUCUCUUCCUUUGCUUUUAAUUAAUUUAUUUAGAGUGUACUAGUAAAAUAAGAAUUAUAUUUUUUACUUUCCUUUCUUUCAAUCA